CACUCUUGUUUUUUGUGCUCCAAUUCAUAGCAGCCAUGUCUGACGCAUCCAGCGACGCCACCUCUGUCCACGUUGUCGUUGUCGGCCCUGGUGGUGUUGGCAAGUCCGCCAUCACACUGUCCUUCAUGCGCAACCAGUUCAUCGAGGAAUACGAUCCCACUAUUGAGGACUCGUACUCGAAGGAGAUUGUUGUUGAUGGCAAGAAGAUCAACCUCGAAAUCGUCGACACUGCCGGCCAAGAAGAGUUCCGUGGUCUCUGGGGCGACAAGUUCAUCCGCCAAGGCGAUGGUUUCCUGUGCGUCUACUCGAUUACAGACAAGGCCACCUUCGCUGAGCUCGUUCAGUUCCGAAAGCAAAUCCACCAAGUCAAGGACACCACCAAGGCUCCCAUGGUUAUUGCCGGUAACAAGAUCGAUUUGGAGGACCAACGCGAGGUCUCGAACGACGAGGGCAAGGCUUUCGCCAAGGAUUCUAGCGCUGUUUUCAUUGAGACUUCCGCCAAGACGCGUACCAAUAUCGAUGAGACGUUUACCAACCUUGUUCGCGAGGUGCUCAAGUUCCGCGCUGCCAACGGCACCCCUGCACCUGCUGCCGCUGCUGCACCUGCUGCCGCCAGCACGUCCAAGGCUGCUGAUGCCACCAAGGCCUCCUCUGCCGCCGCUGCUGCUCCCAAGAAGAAGGGUGGUUGCAUGAUUUUGUAAUCGUUGACCGUUUCUUCUUUCUGCUACUUUUUCCACUUAAUGGCUUUUUUUUUUUUUCUCUCUUCCCUUCUGACCCCCCCCCAUUCUCGGUUACUCGCGAAGCCCCACGUCGACGCUCUCGAGUCGGUUUCCUUUUUUCUUUUUCUUCUGCGCGCUUUUUGUUGCUCCUCCGUAUAUGCUUGCUCUUCUAAAAGUACUCUUCAAUCCCAGAGGUACUUUUGUUGGGCCCCUUUUUCGUUCAUAAUUGUUGUUGCUGGUGACACAUUUGUUUCCCUCCUUUGUCAAGUCGCACGGUCGAUGUUGUAAAUCAAACACUCGAAGCAUUGUUUUUCUUGCUGGC